AAAAAUACGCGAGUCAGGGGGUCAAACUAGGCCAAAGCCGACAUGUUUUUUUUUUUUUUUUUUACGGUAUUUCCAUUCUGAUUUACGGUACCACCGGUGCAGCAGAAAACGAGUGGAGAAGGUGGAAGUAAGAUUAGCUUGUCUGGCUCGAUUGUGUGACACAGAGUUGUUAAUUUAGCACAAAAAGACAGUCGUUGUUUUUGCUAACUGUAAAGGGUUACAUGUGCUCGCUAGAAGGCAGAGCGUCAACCACACAUCUUGGCAGUAAGGUGACUGCUGAGGUAGAUAUCUACUUUUCUCCGGGUCAUGAUAUGUAACAUUAGCUAACGGUAGCAGGCAGCAGUCCUUCCACAUCGUGUAGCCUCUAAGCUUCUCUGGCAGGACCUGUCUUUCCGACGAUUCUGCUAAGUUCCCUAUAAUCAUGCCUAUUCAAUUGACGAGUCAGGCUUACUGUAAAAUGCUUUUACACGCUGCCAAGUAUCCUCACUGCGCCGUGAACGGGUUGCUGGUGGCAGAAAAGACGAAGGAGAAAAAGAAAGACAGCCACCAUGAUCCAGUCUUAUGUGUGGACUGUGUGCCACUGUUCCACGGUACUCUAGCCCUGGCACCAAUGCUAGAAGUUGCUUUAACACUGAUUGAUACUUGGUGCAAAGAAAACAAUUACGUCAUUGCUGGAUAUUACCAAGCCAAUGAACGCACAAAGGAUUCAAGACCCAACCAAGUUGCGGAAAAAGUGGCUGCGAGGAUUUCUGAGAACUUCAGUGAAGCAGCAAUUGUUAUGGUGGACAGCAGUAGAUUAAAAAUGAGCUGUAUCGAGCCCAUUGUGCUUAUCUAUGAUCAUCAUGAAAACAAGUGGAAAAGCAGAGAAGUAACCUGUGACUCUUUUGAGGACUGGAGUGAAGCACAGAAGAUCACAUCUGCUCUGUUAGAGGGCAGGUCUUACGAGAACUUGAUUGACUUUGACAAUCACUUGGAUGAUCUAAGGAACGACUGGACCAACCCUGUGAUCAACAAGUCCGUCCUGGAUCUGUGCUAAGACCCUCAGUCUGGAGCACCACGGACACACAUACACAAAUUGCUGCCAUUUCAGCAUGCAUGAUGCUACUUAAUGUGUAGCAUAGAAGUACAAAAUGCUGAACACAUAGUCUUUGUUCCAUCAGACGGGCUCUCAUAUCGUCGAGAACUUGCGGAGCACUGACCAAUAAGGCCAAAAUCUCUCAAGGGCAAGCGCCAUAUGUGCACUGUUGGUAUGUGUUCACCUUUACAAGGUGAUACUGAGGUGAAGAAGGCAAUUAUGUUUUUGAAUGCAACUUAAUUUUUUUUUUUUUUUUUUUGCAAUGGUCUGUGUUUCUUCAUAGUUGUGCGCAUAAAGUGAAAAUCUAGUAUUGGAUCAAGUUUUUUUUCCUUCUAUCAUUUUACGGCCAGUAGCCAUACAGCGAUAAACUACUAAAUUAUUGAAACUUUUAGGUGAUGAUUUUACUACUGAGAUAUGAUUAAGGGUACAUGUUUAUUAAAUUUCUAGUUUGUACUGAGCCCUGAAACAACAUUCACAUACAAAGUUGUAAUCUGUACAUGUUUGUGGAAAACUUAAUGCAACACUGUCAUGAAAAGAACAAACAGAUGAUAUUAGAACAGGGACCUUUAAGUUUUGUGUUAGUGGACUGCAUUUCAAGUCCUUCUGUAGUUGCACCAGCAAUGACGAGUUUUGACUUUUAUAUUAAUAAUACUAACACAGUUCUGUAAUGCAUGACUCAUGUUAUUGUCACUGGUGCACUUCAGAAUGACUUGUAGAUGAUCUACAGUAUGUUAGAAUAUCGGCUCUUAAUUGUUCUGGAAGAUUUGCUCAGAAAUCUACAGAGAAUCAGAUGACAGGGAUGUGUGAAUUUUGUUUUAUGUUGGAUAUCUGCUUUAAGAACUAGGUAAUAGUAUUUAUUUAUACUUAAUUGAGCACUCUAAAUCUAAUAAGUAAUAUUAAAUAUUGAAAUACUUAAUGUAGGCAUACAGAACUAUCUUUGUAUUUGAGAUUAGAAUGCAUCAGUAAGAGCUAAAUACUUAAAUAAUUGUGUGGACAUUUUUUUACAGAAAUUUUAUGAACUGAAUGUACAAUGAAAACUUUUGAAAUUAUCCAAGUCUUUGUUAGAUUCAUUUUAUGCCAGUUAGAAAAGUAUUUUGCUAGGUGUCUUAUAUCGCUGCAUUAGCAGUUGACAAAAGGGAUAAAAAUUUGAAAACGGUUGCAUACCAGCUUCAAGGCUGCAGCUUUUUUUGGUUUCAUUUUGUAUGGAUUAAAAAUGCCUAAUUAAGAGUUGCAUUAAUGGCGCUUUUGAAUAAUAUACAUUGUUAACCAAACGA